CUAACAUUGACUUAUAAGUUCAUUAGUUUGUUCAAUAUGUUUAGAAUAGGACAAGGAAUUGGACUGAAGGUCCCUGGCUUAAGUAGAAGCUAUUAUAAAAAGGCAGUUAUAACUGUCAAUGAUAAAGUUACUGUUCAAUUAUUAAAGGAUGUUAAAGACAUUGGAAUUAAAGGUGAACUACUAAGAGUAAAAUCAGCCUAUAUGAGGAAUUGUUUACAACAUGGUGGUAAAGCAGCAUAUGUAACCAAAACUAAAGGUCCUACUAUACCUGUUGUUGUAAGACAAUAUGUUGAAGAAAAAGAAACACCAAAAUCUGAAAUAAUAGAUAAACCAUCUGAUAAAGAAUCAGAAACAAAAGCUAAGAAUAAAGCCGAAGCUUUAUCAUUGGAUGAAUUAUCUCAACUUUUCAAUAGUAUGCGUAGAAGAAAAUCUAUUGCUGAUGCUGAUAAACAAUCUUCAACUUUCCAAAUUGCUAAGGCAACAGAAGAAGUAUCAUUCAUUUUAACUGAAUUAAAUGAAUUAAUUCCAAAUAAUCAUACUUUUAGAAAUUCCAAAUUCCCAAUAACAAAGACAAAUAUUUCAUCUUUAUUAUUUAAUUUAACUGGUGAACAAAUUCCUCAAUCUGUUAUUACUCUUGAAAAGAGUACUACACCUAUUGAAGAAAUUCAAGAAUCUGGUGAUUAUACUUUAAUAAUUAAAUCUCCUGCUGAAAAGUCAUCAAUAACCAAGCAUAUAGUUUUUGAAUAGAACUAUUCUGUAUAUAAUAUUCUGAAUAAAUUUAUGUAAAUAUAUAAUUUCAUAUUUUAUAAAUCAGAUUGUAUUUUUUUUUCUCUCUUACAAAUAUCGU